AUGUUAGAUAUGUUAUUAUUUGAAGCUUGCCAAAAAGUAGAUAUUGAACAAAUAAAAUAUUUAAUUGAACAAAAAUAUAAUAUUAAUCAAUUAAAUGAACAAGGUCGAACAGCACUUCAUUACUGUUGUGAUCAUCAAAAUAUUGAUUGUGCUCGACUUUUAUUAGAAUAUGAUAAUUCUAUUAUUAAUAUAAAAGAUAAUGAAGGUUUUUCAGCACUUCAUUUAGCUUGUUUAAAUGGUAAUUAUAUUAUGGUAAAAUAUUUUUGUGAACAAGGUGCAGAUGUAACAUUAGUUGAUAAUGAAUUACAUUCUCUUAUUCAUUGGAUAACAGUCUGUGGACAUCUUGAUCUUUUUGAUAUUCUUGUUCAAUAUGAAGCACCGGUACAUACAUCUGAUAUUUAUGGAGCUUUUCCAAUUCAUUAUGCAUCACAAUUGUGUGGAAAUAAUGAUCCGGCUAAAAGUUUAGCUAUUUUAAAAAAAUUAAUUGAUAAUAAUGUUGAUGUUAAUUGUCUUGAUGAACAAAAACGAACACCAUUUAUUUGGGCUGCUAGUGCAAAUGCUAUUGAUGCAUUAGGUAUAUUAUACAAAGCUGGUGCAAAUCCAUUGCAUACCGAUAAAGAUUCUCUUACAGCACUUCAUUGUGCAGCAACUUGUGGACAUACAUCUUGUAUUCGUAUGUUAAUCGAAUUAUACGGAUGUUCAAUAGAAAGUGAAGAUAUUAAUGGUUGUACACCUUUAUUUUAUGCUAUUACAUUAGAACAUUCGAAUGCUUGUCGAGUUUUACUUGAUUUAAAAGCUAAUUCAAAUCAUAAAGAUAAUCGUGGAAGAACACCAAGUCAUUGUGCAGCAUUAAAAGGAAAUAUUAAUUGUUUAAAACAUUUAAUAGAAUGUAAUGCUGAUAUUUGGAUAAAAAAUAAACGUGGUGAUUAUCCUAUUCAUGAAGCAAUUAAUUCAAUAUCACUUAGUAAACUUCGUAAUAAAAAUAAUGAUCUAUCACAAUUACAAACAGGAUAUUUUGAUGUUGUUCGAUAUAUACUUCAAUUAUAUCCUAAGAAAGUUAAUAUUCAAAAUGAUGAACAUAGAACACCACUUCAUUUGGCUGCUAGUUUAGGAGAUAUAUCAAUGUGUAAAUUAUUAAUUGAAUGCGGUGCAAGAGUUAAUUCAUUUAUACAAACAAAAGCUGGUAAUUUUUUAACACCAUAUGAUCUUGCUUGUAUUCGUCAUCAAGAUGCUUGUGCUGAAUAUCUCGUUUAUAAUCAUGGUGGUCAACGAGGCAAUUUACUAGUACAUAUUUUAGCUCGACGUAUUCAAAAAUAUUUUCGUCAAUAUAAAAUGAAAAAAAAUUUAAUAGAAAAUCAACAUCGAAAAACAUUAACGAAAAUAUCUUCAACUAAUAAGAAUAAUAAUAAUAAUAGAACUUCUUUAUCUGAAUAUUCAUCUUCUCAAUCGAUAGUUAAAUUAAUACCAACAAAAAAAUCAACAGAAUAUUUAUUAAAUCAAGCUAAUUUAUGUUUACAUAAUAAAAUAAUUGAUGAUCAUUUUAAAGAAUUAAAAAUAAAAACAUCAAAAUCUCAAACAUAUUUAAAAAAUACUUCAAAAGAAGAAAAACAUACUGCACAACAGCGCCGUCAUAUAUAUGCUGAAUCAAAAACCACAAUAACAUCAAUUAAUCAUAGUGAUGACAAAAAAUCAAAUUCAUUACAUCGAAUAAUAAUUCAUUCAUCAAAUUCUAUUAAAACAUCAGUUAAACUUUAUGAACGACAUAAAAUAAUAGCAGAAGAAUUAUUUAAAUUAAAGGAAGCUCGAAUUCAUAAUCAUUGUAUAAUUAUCAAUCGACAAUUAUAUAACAUUUUAAUUGAAAAUGCAUUUAAUCCACAAAAUCGAUGUAUUGAUGAAAUUGAAAAAUACCUUGAAACAUUAUUAAAAGCAUAUGAAACUGAAUUAGAAACUAUACGAAAACGAACUAAAAGUGUUCCACCGAGACGUGUUCAUAAUUGUUCUCAACGGUAUUCAUCAAUAUUAUGA